AGAUAUCCCGCCUGCACACCUCGUUUAUCGUGUCCUUGCACGUCAUUUUCCACGUCUUCUUCUUCACCAGCGCCCGGUUCGGAGGACGCCUAUCUUGAUGAAUGGAUGCGCAAGCAAAUUAAAUCUUUUGCCUUUUACGAGGAGGAGGGUUUGCAACGACGUUAUUUUUAUACUGUCGAUUUGCAGGGGCGGUUAUACUUGGAGGAAAGUCCCGUCAAGAAUAUGACAUCUUGUUUGAAGGAUGACAAGUUCCUCAAUUUCUUUUUC